UCUUUGUUUCUGUCUCUCUUUCUCUCUUUACCAACUACAAACUCAGAAGAGUUAACAGGAAAUACCAGCUGUUACCUUCAACACACACACACACACACACACACACACACACACACACACACACACACACACACAGAUAAACACUGACUUCCUGUAAAUGGAGAGGGGAGAAGCAACAUGUGAUCCAGGUAAAGGUGUUCAGAUAGUUCAGAGUCAGACUCCAUUUUGAGUCGACAGAGCAGGAGGAGGGAAACUGAAGGCUGAGGCAGAACUGACUUCAGAUCAGAAGAUGAGUGUUUGUGUGGAGGAAGAGGAGGACAGAGCAGAGUCUGCAGCGUCCAGCUGUCUGUCUAUGAAGAGUGACUGGUCCAAUGACCAUCCUCCAGACUUCAGUAAUGAACCUGGACCCUCAGACUCAAAAGUUCAGUCGAACAGACGGAGAGCAGAGUCUGCAGUGUCCAGCUGUCUGUCUAUGAAGAGUGACUGGUCCAAUGACCAUCCUCCAUUGUUCAGUAAUGAACCUCGACCCUCAGACUCAAAAGAGAGGAAGAGGAGUUGCUGCGUUUUGUGUCGGGACGUCCUGAAGGAUCCAGUCUCUACCAGCUCUGGACUCUGGUUCUGCAGACAGUGCAUCACCUCAUACUGGUACCAGUCUGCUUCAUCAGGAGACGCCUCCUGUCCCCAGUCUGGAGAAAGACCCAGAACAAGACAGAGAGAUGGUGGUCUGCAGGAGGUUUUAGAUGAACAUAAGAUCAGUCUGAGGAGGAGAUGUGAACGUGUGACUGAAGGAACUGAUGAACCAGGAAGUGGAACCCUCCUCAACAGGAUCUACACUGAGCUCUACAUCACAGAGGGACAGAGUGAAGAAGUUAAUACCCAACAUGAGGUGAGACAGCUUGAGACAGCUUCCAAGAAGAAGAUCCUCCAUGACGCUCCAAUCAGGUGCCACGACGUCUUUAAAGCCUUACCUGACCAACAGAGACACAUCAGAGUGGUUCUGACGAACGGCGUCGCUGGCGUUGGAAAAACCUUCUCAGUGCAGAAGUUCACUCUGGACUGGGCAGAGGGCUCGAACAACCAAGAUGUCAGUCUGGUGGUUCUGCUUUCGUUCAGGGAGCUGAACCUGAUCAAAGAUGAGCAGUACAGUCUUCUCAGGCUGCUCCAUGUUUUCCAUCCAACAUUACAGAAGGUCACAGCAGAGCAGCUCACUGUCUGUAAACUUUUGUUCAUCUUUGACGGCCUGGAUGAAAGCAGACUUUCACUGGAUUUCCACAACAAUGAGGUUGUGUCUGACGUCACACAGAAGUCUUCAGUCAACGUGUUGUUGACAAACCUCAUCAAGGGGAAUCUGCUUCCAUUGGCUCUUGUCUGGAUAACUUCCAGACCUGCAGCAGCCAAUCAGAUCCCUCCUGAAUGUGUUGACAGGGUAACAGAAGUACGAGGCUUCACUGACGUCCAGAAGGAGGAGUACUUCAGGAGGAGAGUCAGUGAUGAAGAUCUGUCCAACAGAAUCAUCUCCCACAUCAAGGACUGCAGGAGCCUCCACAUCAUGUGUCUAAUCCCAGUCUUCUGCUGGAUCACUGCUACAGUUCUGGACCACAUGUUGACCACAGACCAGAGAGGGGAGCUGCCCAAGACCCUGACUGACAUGUACUCACACUUCCUGCUGGUUCAGACAAAGAGGAAGAAGCAGAAGUAUGAUGAGGGACAUGAGACGAGUCCACAGGAGCUGAUGGAGGCUGACAGGAAGGUUCUUCUGAAGCUGGGGAGGCUGGCGUUUGAACAGCUGGAGAAAGGAAACAUCAUGUUCUACCAAGAAGACCUGGAUCAGUGUGGUCUUGAUGUCACAGAGGCCUCGGUGUACUCAGGAGUUUGUACAGAGAUCUUCAAAAGAGAGAGUGUGAUCUUCCAGAAAACAGUCUACUGCUUCGUUCAUCUGAGCAUUCAGGAGUUUCUGGCUGCAGUCUACAUGUUCCACUGUCACACCAACAGCAACACAGAGGUACUGAAGGACUUCCUGGGAAAAUAUUAUGUUAAUUCAACUCUAGACAUCUUCCUGAUGGAAGCAAUGACGAAAUCCCAGUGUAGUAAAAAUGGCCACCUGGACCUGUUGGUUCGCUUCCUUCAUGGCCUCUCUCUGGAGUCCAACCAGAGACUCUUAGGAGGCCUGCUGGGACAGACAGACAACAGUCCAGAAAUCAUCCAGAGAAACAUCAACAACCUGAAGAAGAUGAACAGUCAUAAAAUCUCUCCUGACAGAAGCAUCAACAUCUUCCACUGUCUGACGGAGAUGAACGACCACUCAGUCCAUCAGGAGAUCCAAGAGUUCCUGAAGUCAGAGAACAGAUCAGAGAUGAAACUGUCUGAGAUCCACUGCUCAGCUCUGGCCUACAUGCUGCAGAUGUCAGAGGAGGUUCUGGAUGAGUUGAACCUGAAGAAGUACAACACAUCAGAGGUGGGACGACGGAGACUGAUUCCAGCUGUGAGGAACUGCAGAAAGGCUCUACUUUCUAACUGUGGACUCUCAUGGACUCACUGUGAAGUCGUGGCCUCAGCUCUGAAGUCCAACCCCUCCCAUCUGAGAGAGCUGGACCUGAGUUGGGGACACCUGCAGGAUUCAAUAGUGAACCUGCUGUCUGCUGGGCUGAAGAGUCCACACUGUAGACUGGAGACUCUGAGAUUGGAGGGCUGCAGUUUGUCAAAUUUCAUCUGUUCUUCUCUGGUCUCAGCUCUGAAGUCCAACCCCUCCCAUCUGAGAGAGCUGAACCUGGGUAAGAACAACCUCCUGAAGGAUUCAGGAGUGAAGCUGCUGUGUGGUUUUCUGGAGAGUCCACACUGUAGACUGGAGACUCUGAGUUUGUGGGACUGCUGUUUGUCAGAGAUCAGCUGUUCUUCUCUGGUCUCAGCUCUGAAGUCCAACCCCUCCCAUCUGAGAGAGCUGGACCUGAGUAACAACAUCUACCUGCAGGAUUCAGGAGUGAAGCUGCUGUGUGGUUUUCUGGAGAGUCCACACUGUAGACUGGAGACUCUGAGAUUGAGGUGCUGCAGGUUGUCAGAGAUCAGCUGUUCUUCUCUGGUCUCAGCUCUGAAGUCCAACCCCUCCCAUCUGAGAGAGCUGGAGCUGAGUAACAACAAGCUGCAGGAUUCAGGAGUGAAGCUGCUGUGUGGUUUUCUGGAGAGUCCACACUGUAGACUGGAGACUCUGAGAUUGAGUAACUGCUGGUUGUCAGAGAUCAGCUGUUCUUCUCUGGUCUCAGCUCUGAAGUCCAACCCCUCCCAUCUGAGAGAGCUGGACCUGAGUAAGAACUACAACCUGAAGGAUUCAGGAGUGAAGCUGCUGUCUGCUGGACUGGAGAGUCCACACUGUAGACUGGAGACUCUGAGAUUGAGUUACUGCAGGAUCUCAGAUAUCAACUGUUCUUCUCUGGUCUCAGCUCUGAAGUCCAAGCCCUCCCAUCUGAGAGAGCUGGACCUGAGUGAGAACGACAACCUGCAGGAUUCAGGAGUGAAGCUGCUGUGUGGUUUUCUGGAGAGUCCACUCUGCAGACUGGAGACUCUGAGAUUGAGGUGGUGCAGGUUGUCAGAGAUCAUCUGUUCUUCUCUGGUCUCAGCUCUGAAGUCCAACCCCUCCCAUCUGAGAGAGCUGGAGCUGAGUAACAACAAGCUGCAGGAUUCAGGAGUGAAGCUGCUGUGUGGUUUUCUGGAGAGUCCACACUGUAGACUGGAGACUCUGAGAUUGAGUUGCUGCAGGUUAUCAGAGAUCAGCUGUUCUUCUCUGGUCUCAGCUCUGAAGUCCAACCCCUCCCAUCUGAGAGAGCUGGACCUGAGUUACAACAAGCUGCAGGAUUCAGGAGUGAAGCUGCUGUGUGGUUUUCUGGAGAGUCCACACUGUAGACUGGAGACUCUGAGUUUGAGUCUCUGCAGGUUGUCAGAGAUCAGCUGUUCUUCUCUGGUCUCAGCUCUGAAGUCCAACCCCUCCCAUCUGAGAGAGCUGGACCUGAGUAAGAACAACCUGCAGGAUUCAGGAGUGAAGCUGCUGUGUGGUUUUCUGGAGAGUCCACACUGUAGACUGGAGACUCUGAGAUUGAGUGACUGCAGUUUGUCAGAGAUCAGCUGUUCUUCUCUGGUCUCAGCUCUGAAGUCCAACCCCUCCCAUCUGAGAGAGCUGGACCUGAGUAACAACAACCUGCAGGAUUCAGAUAUGAAGCUGCUGUCUGAUCUUGUGGAGAGUCCACACUGUAGACUGCAGACUCUGAGAUGGAAGUGAUCUCAGUCAGACUGUGAGCAGUGAGGACGGAGGUUGUGUUGGAGGAUCCGCUGUGUCCUGACCUCAUCACUGUCUCUGUCACUGUAACCCAUAUUAGAUGUUAAAUGGGCUGCGAUGGCUGUGAGUUUCACUGCAUGCAAGGAAAACAAACAUUUAGCAGGCUUAAGGACAGUUUACACCUCUAUGUGUUCUAUGGAAGAGACUUCAUGCCAGACUUCAUUUAAAAAUCGUCCACUUUAAAACAACAAGAGUCCACAAGAGUUUAAUAUAAGAUGUCAAACAAAUGAAUGUAGUCUUACAGUUUAUUCAGCUGAUAUAAAAGGAGACUUUGUGCAAGACUUCAUAUGAAAAUCUUCCUCUUUCAGCCCGUUUCUACCAAAAUACCAAGGCAGUCUUAAAUACAACACAUUUUCAAUGGAGUUUGGCACAACUUUCUGUUCAACCUGCAGCAUCUGAAGCACUGCCCAAUAAAAUAAAAUAAAAUAAACAUUACAAAUUCAGAGGACCGCUGGUAGGAAACACGUGCUCUCAAAUCAUUAUGUACCUUGUAGUUAAAAGCAUGAAAGUAUUUUAACACUGCUGUAUGGACACACACCCACUGCACACACACACACACACACACACACACACACACACACACACACACACACACACUGCACGCACACUGCACACACACAUUUAAAAAAUACUACAAUGUCAACAAUGCUGGUGCCACUUUAAUAAAAAAUUAAAA